AAAUUUAACACACCUAGUACUAUCAUCUUCUACCGAGGACCAGCAGGACUAUCUGUAGUCAAGAUAAUGCGACUAAUUUCGUGAUCUUUUCUUAAUUUCACUCAGAUUUUCUAUUCUUCUCUCAAAUUUUGUUUUCAGACACCUUGCGGCAUUGAUUCUUUUUUGCAAUUUUGAACGCCACAGAGUUGAUUAACUAAGCAUCAAUUUUCGUCCUGAAUAACUUCUCAUGAUCAGAUAGAAUGGAGAUUGUAGUUCCAAGACAAGAUCGGUCAAAUCAACACACGGAGGAUAAGCUGGAGUUCUCAAGAUUGUCAAAAAAUUAUGGAAAUUCAAAUAGAAAGGCUGAAGGAAUCCACGAGAAUGGUAAUGAGAAGCCAGAAUUAGAAGAGGAAGAAGAAACUAUGGAAUAUUUAAGGAAGAGAGCCGCAGUAAGAAGUGCAGUUGCACAACGAGAACGAUUAAAUCAGCAUACUGACAAUAGGUCAGACAAAAUCUCAAAAUGCCGAAAAGAUUUUAGAAAUUCAAAGAUAAAGGUUCAAGAAAUUCAUAAACAUGAUGACAUAAAACCAGAGUCAGAAGGGAAAGAAGACAUUCUUGUACGUCCAAAGAGGGCUUCCAAGUUCCCAUCCAAGAAAGGAGAUGGGCCAACCAAGCUUACUGCUUCAAACAAGAAAAGAAAAUUUGGAGAUGAUCUCUUGAUUGACAAUUUGGAAGAUAAAGAAAUGCUCUUUCUUUUAAAGUCAAAGUCCAGGAGCAGAGCUAGAAGAAUGGAUAGUGUGAUGGAUGUUGGACAAAAUCGGUGGAAAUGUCAUCAAUGCAUGAAAAAGGAGAGAGCAGCUUUUGUGCCUUGUACCAAAUGUCAGAAAAUGUACUGCAUGCGAUGUUUCAAUCAAUGGUAUCCUGAUAUGUCAGUAGAAGAAUUUGCUGAAAGUUGUCCAUUUUGCCGUAAAAAAUGCAAUUGCAAUGUCUGCUUACGUUCAAGAGGAGUGAUUAAGACAUCUAACAGGGACAUCACCAAUUAUGAAAAAGCUGAGUAUCUGCAACAUAUGAUUAAUUUACUCAUUCCAUUUCUUAAACAAAUUUGUGAUGAACAAAGUCUAGAGGAAGAGAUUGAAGCUAAAAUACAAGGGAAAUCUUCUUGUGAGAUUGAAAUACCUCAAAGUCUUUGUGGUGACAAUGAGCGUGUCUAUUGUGACCAUUGUGCUACUUCAAUUAUUGACCUUCAUAGAAGCUGCCCGAAGUGUUCCUAUGAGCUCUGCCUUAGUUGUUGCCAAGAAAUACGCAAUGGAAGCAUUACACCCCGGGCUGAGCUGAAGUUUCAAUAUGUAAAUAGGGGCCUUGAUUAUAUGCAUGGUGGUGACCCUCUACCAGUCCCUUGUGAGUUAGAGACAUCAGAUGGUCAUAUUGAGUCAUCUAUGUUGUGGAAUGCGAAGAGUGAUGGAAGCAUUGGUUGCGCGCCAAAGGAGGUAGGGGGUUGUGGUAGUUCUCUAUUGGAGUUGAGGCGCAUCCUCCCAAAUGGGUGGAUAUCUGAUUUGGAAGCCAAAGCUCGCAGUAUGCUCAAAAUUUGGGAAAACAAAAACAUUUACUGUCCAGAGUCAACUGAGAUUUCAAAUGGAGGGAUGUUACUUUUCCAAAAGCAUUGGGCUUAUGGUGAACCAGUUAUAGUUCGUGAUGUUCUUAAACAGGGGACAGGUCUGAGCUGGGAGCCAAUGGUAAUGUGGCGAGCAUUAUGUGAAAAUAUGGUUUCAGAAAUCAGUUCAAAAAUGUCAGAAGUGAAAGCCAUUGAUUGCCUAGCUAAUUGUGAGGUAGAAAUUAAUACUCACAAGUUCUUCAAAGGUUAUAUUGAGGGAAGAACAUAUAGAAAUCUCUGGCCAGAGAUGCUCAAACUAAAAGACUGGCCCCCCUCCGAUAAAUUUGAAGAUCUUUUGCCCCGUCAUUGUGAUGAGUUUAUUUGUUCCUUGCCAUUUCAAGAGUACAGUGAUCCUCGGGCCGGAAUUCUCAAUCUUGCUGUGAAGUUACCAGCCCAUGUCCUGAAACCUGACAUGGGUCCAAAAACAUAUAUUGCUUAUGGGAUCAAAGAAGAACUUGGUAGAGGAGACUCUGUAACAAAGCUUCACUGUGACAUGUCAGAUGCGGUGAAUAUUUUGACCCAUACAGCUGAGGUAAUAUUAACUGAUGAGCAGCACACUAUUAUUUCAAAGUUGAAAGAAGCACACAAGGCACAAGAUGAGAGAGAACUUUCUGCUCAAGAGAGUGUUGCUGUUGGCCUGAAUGGUCAACCUUGCAAAGACAACAAAGGAUGCAUAGGAAAUAAGGAUGUUUCAGAACCCAGUGAUAUGGAAAAGCGCCCAAUUGAAAUAAAUGGAAAUAUUUUUCCAAAUGGUGUGUCUGAGGGGGUCCCUUCUUCUGUUACAGAAAAUGAAUCAACGGAAUCAGGUGGUGCCCUAUGGGAUAUAUUUCGGAGAGAGGAUACUGAAAAGUUAGAAACAUAUCUAAGAAAACACUCGGAAGAAUUUAGACAUACAUAUUGUUCUCCAGUUGAACAGGUUGUACAUCCAAUUCAUGACCAAUGUUUUUAUCUGACUUUGGAGCACAAAAAAAGGCUGAAGGAUGAGUUUGGUGUUGAACCAUGGACUUUUGAACAGAGACUUGGGGAGGCAGUAUUUAUUCCUGCCGGAUGCCCACAUCAAGUCAGGAAUCUCAAGUCAUGCACAAAAGUUGCUGUAGAUUUUGUGUCCCCAGAAAAUGUCCAUGAGUGUCUGCGUUUAACUAAUGAGUUCCGCCAGCUUCCCAAGAACCACAAGGCUAGAGAAGAUAAACUUGAGAUAAAGAAGAUGAUAAUUUAUGCAGUUGAUCAAGCAGUCAAAGACUUAAAAGCUUUACUUAAGUGUUUGUGACUAGCUUUAUGCUGCUUGAAGAAAGCUACUUUAGUUUGCCAUGGUCGGGGUGAUACUCUAGAUUGCUGUGAAUGUAAAGUGUGUCCAGAUAGAAAAUUUUUUGAACUCAAAUGUUUCAUUGGGGGGUUACAGGCAUCACAAUAGAGCCAUUCUCUGUUUUUAGUAAUAACAUGAUUCCUUUUGUUAAUAUUACAUUUUAGAUAACAAUUUAUCAAAUUUUGUGACUAAGUAAUGGCCGAAUGAAUUAAAAAAUAAUUGCUUAAAAUUUUUGUAUUCAUGCCCAAAGGAAAUACAAGUAUCAAAUUG